CACCAACUCCCUCCCCUGUCAUCGUAUAUAUCAACCUCUCGCUGACCCCUUGCCUCUGUUCUCAACUUUAAUUUCCUCUCUUCUUCUUCUUCUUCAAUGGCGUUACUUCUCAUAUCGAUCUCAAUCCUCGGCCUUUUCCUCUGCUACCAGCUGUAUCAGCGCCUGCGCUUCAGGCUGCCUCCGGGCCCACGCCCCUGGCCAGUCGUCGGCAACCUCUACGACAUCAAGCCCGUCAGGUUCCGCUGCUUCGCAGAGUGGGCUCAAUCCUAUGGUCCCAUCAUAUCGGUGUGGUUCGGCUCCACCCUGAACGUCAUAGUUUCCAACUCGGAGCUGGCCAGAGAGGUGCUGAAGGAGCACGAUCAGCAAUUGGCCGACAGGCACAGGAGCCGAUCGGCGGCCAAGUUUAGCAGAGACGGCAAGGAUCUCAUAUGGGCCGAUUACGGCCCUCACUACGUGAAGGUCAGAAAGGUCUGCACGCUCGAGCUUUUCUCUCCCAAGCGCCUCGAAGCCUUGAGGCCGAUUCGAGAAGACGAGGUCACCGCAAUGGUUGAGUCCAUAUACAGGGACUCCACAAAUCCAGAAAAUGAAGGGAAAAGCGUGAUGGUGAAGAAGUACCUGGGAGCAGUGGCAUUCAACAACAUAACAAGGCUGGCGUUUGGAAAGAGAUUUGUGAACUCAGAGGGGGUGAUGGACGAACAAGGAGUGGAGUUCAAGGCCAUCGUGGCCAAUGGCCUCAAGCUGGGAGCUUCUCUCGCCAUGGCCGAGCACAUCCCCUGGCUCCGCUGGAUGUUCCCUCUCGAAGAAGAGGCUUUUGCCAAGCACGGCGCUCGCAGGGACAGACUCACCAGAGCCAUCAUGGAAGAGCACACUCAGGCUCGUAAGCUCUCUGGCGGCGCCAAGCAACACUUCGUUGACGCCCUCCUCACUUUGCAGGACAAAUAUGACCUUAGCGAAGACACCAUCAUCGGUCUUCUCUGGGACAUGAUCACUGCAGGAAUGGACACAACCGCGAUAUCGGUGGAGUGGGCCAUGGCUGAGCUGAUUAAAAACCCCAGGGUGCAGCAGAAGGCGCAGGAGGAGUUGGACCGGGUUAUCGGGUUUGAACGGGUCAUGUCCGAGCCCGACUUCUCUGGCCUUCCUUACCUGCAGUGUGUCGCCAAGGAGGCCCUUCGGCUGCACCCCCCAACUCCGCUCAUGCUCCCACACAGAGCCAAUGCCAACGUCAAGAUUGGAGGCUAUGACAUCCCCAAAGGGUCCAACGUGCACGUUAAUGUGUGGGCCAUAGCUCGUGAUCCGGCCGUCUGGAAGGACCCAUUGGAGUUCCGACCCGAGAGGUUCCUUGAGGAGGACGUGGACAUGAAGGGUCAUGACUUCAGGCUGUUGCCUUUUGGAGCGGGUCGUCGGGUGUGCCCGGGAGCGCAGCUCGGAAUCAACCUGGUGACCUCCAUGUUGGGUCACCUACUUCACCAUUUCUGUUGGACACCACCGGAAGGAAUGAGGCCGGAGGAGAUUGACAUGUCAGAGAACCCCGGGUUGGUGACAUACAUGAGGACCUCACUACAGGCCGUGGCCACCCCCAGGCUACCCUCUCACUUGUAUAAACGCGUGCCCGCCGAGAUAUAACCCUGUGAAUUUGGCUACCCUUGCUGCUUUCCAGCACUAUCAUUAUAAGUCAGUAUCAGGAUGCAGGGACAUCCUUUAUAUUGGUUUCCAUUUGUCUCCUUCUAAAUUUUGCAUUGAUAUAAAAUGUUGAAAAGUUGCAAAACAUGAAAUGAAACAACAGAGUUGAAUUCCAGUGCAGCAGCGACCAACAUUGUUUUGUAGCUUGUUCAGAUGUGGGGUGACAGCAUGAAGGACUAAUGGCCAAUAUCGGUUGGAUUCCUGUAUGUCAUAAAAUGGCACAUUGAUAAAAAUCACGGGAAAGCAUGGAGUCAAAACUAAGUAUAUAUUUACAUAUGGAGAACGUUACAUGAGUGUACUUUGUAAUGUCUAUAUACAUUGAGAGUUUUAUUUUA